AUGGAUCUUCUUGUAUUGCUGCUGUUGUGCACUGCUCCACUCAUCCGAGGAUACAGCUCAGGUCUGGUUAUAGACAGCUGUGAAGAAUUGAAAUCCCAUCAAUCAGGGCUGAGCCCACAAACGGCACCAUCACCCUUCAUAGUCACCACAGAGCAAAGGCGCUACAGACUUGGAGAGGAUGUCAAAGUUGAGCUACAGGGUCCGGCCUCCACACCAUUCACAGGUUUCCUGUUGGAGGCUAUAGAAGUGGGAAGUGAGACUCCUGUGGGUUCCUUUGCCAUACCAGCAGGGGCUGCUAAACUCCUCACCUGCAGCCAAAGACCUAAAUCAGCUGGAUCUAUCUCUAGCGCUAACUGUGGCGUCACCAAGGUGUGCUUCAGUCAGCCUUCAAACUGUGACCCAGCAGUCAGUUCUAGCUGUUAUUUCAUGUCAGCCAUGAUGUUAGCCAAUGGUACAGCUGUCCAGUAUGAGAUGAUUGGUCCUUAUGAAGGCUACAUCGCUUUUGGAUUCUCUGAUGAUCAGAAGAUGGGAAACGAUGAUAUUUAUGUUUGUGGAAUGAACAGUAAUGGACAAGUUGGUGUGCAACAUAUGUAUUCAACAGGACGAACAACUCCACAAGUUGUUGCUCUGGGGAACGUUUAUAAUAUAACAACGUCAUUGCAGAACAAUGUCAUCAGUUGUUCCUUCACUACUACGGACAUAAUUUCUAUACAGGGGACUUCAGGUUUCAGCCAAUCCUACUACUUCAUGUUUGUCCAUGGACCCAGCAGCAAUGGACAAAUCCAAUUCCAUAAGCACGACUUCGUCAGCACUACUAAGAUGGCCAUUUCCACUCCUGUGGUUGUCAGUAAAAGUGGAUUUCCUGAUAUCAUCAAAGCUCAUGGAUCACUGAUGCUGAUUGCCUGGAUGACCACGGGAACACUGGGAAUGAUGGUUGCCCGAUAUCUGAAAAAAAUGGCCAAGGGAACGACAAUGUGCAACAAAGAUCUCUGGUUUGUGGUCCAUGCUGGAGUAAUGGUUCUGACGGUAGCAGCCACAAUCAUUGCUUUCAUCCUCAUUUUCUCUCAUACUCGGGACUGGUCUGGGGGAGCACAUCCAGUGUUGGGUUGCCUGGUUAUGAUCCUCUCCUUCUUCCAGCCUGUAGUGGCUAUGCUGCGCUGCGGACCACAGCAUCACCUGCGGUAUCUAUUCAACACAUCACAUUUUUUGAAUGCAGUGAUAAUAAAAUCUUUAGCCGUGGCAGCCAUAUUUACAGGCCUGAACUUGAUUGACAGCAGUGAUGGAUGGUUAAUGAAAGUGAUGGGUGGCUUUCUUGCCUGGGAAGCUCUCUUUUACAUCAUGUUGGAGGUUCAUAAUGGGAAAGUAAAAAUUGAUGGUCUACUGAUCGGUCUGUUCUUUCUGGGAAACAUUUGCUUUUUGGUGGCACUUUUGGUUGGAAUUGGGGUGAAAUAA